AUGGUCGUCCUCUGCAGCGACGUUGCUGUCAAGGAAAUACUGGACAAGCGCUCGGCUCUGACUAACGAGAGGGGGGACCACUAUGUGGGCCACCAAAUCCUGGGGGGCGGAGAACACAUGCUUCUCAUGCCCAAUGGCCCAAAGUGGCGUCUGCAGCGGAAGCUGAUGCAAAGGAUGCUCAACAUCCAAGUGGCCCGAAGUUACAUAGGUAAUUACACCAUGGUUGAGAAUAAGCAGAUGAUGUUCGACUUACUCCAGAAGCCGGACGAUUUCAUCUUCCAUCUGAAGAGGUACUCCAACUCGGUAUUUAGUACCAUUAUAUACGGCCGCCGUUCUCCCACCCACGAUGAUCCUACGAUGAUCGAACUUGUCGAGCAGGUUGACAGCAUGGGCGUGAUCAUGCAAUCGAGUACGUCGGCAUUGGCCGACAUUUACCCCCUGCUGAGGCGGCUCCCACAUUGGAUGAUGCCAACGAUGAACAAGGCUUCGAGAUGGCAUGAUAAACAGAACAAGGUGUACCUGCGACUGUGGAAUGAGGUGAAAGCCAAACUUGCAGCAGGCAGGGCCCAACCCUGCUUCGCGGCGGAUAUUCUACUUGAGCAGAAGAAAGAAGGGUUCACGGAUAUAUUCGGAGCCACCCUUGCCGGCGCUGCCUUGGAAGCUGGGACCGACACCACCGCCAAUGAGCUCGGCGGCUUCGUGCAGGCAAUGGUCCUCUUCCAAGAAGUGCAGAAGAAGGCCCAGGCAGAGCUCGAUCGGGUCGUUCCUGACCGUGCCCCGACCAUCGAAGACCCCCAAGCCCUGCCCUAUAUUCGCUGCUGCGUCAAGGAAAGCCUGCGGUGGAUUCCAACAGCGAUCAUGGGAGCGGCGUCCCACGCGGCCAAGGAAGACAUCAAGUGCCAGGGCGUCGUCAUCCCAAAGGGGGUCUUGCUGGUCAACAACGUCUACGCAAUCCGUCACGAUCCAAAACGCCAUGGCAACCCGAGGGAGUUCAAGCCGGAACGAUACUGGGGAGACAACAAGAGCGCUUUCGAGUCCGCCCAGAGCGCGAAUGCGGCCGGGAGGGACAACUUCACCUUGAGCGCCGGUCGACGUCUGUGUGCCGGCAUUCAUGUUGCCGAGCAAUCGCUUUUCCUCGGCAUCGCCAGGAUUCUCUGGAACUUCGACAUCAAGCCCAAGAUCAACCUGGUCACAAAACAAGCCAUCAUCCCGGAUUCCGAGAGGUAUACACAGGCAGUUGUUUGUAUGCCAGAACCGUACCAGGCCUCCAUCACGCCCCGUUCGAAACAACGAGCCAAUCUGAUGGUAAAGGAGUAG